AAAAAUGGCGGGAAAUUAGAGAAUGGCGUUGGAUGUAAACAAAAGUCAUCAUGUCUGACAAGAAAGAUGCCGGGACUUCUCAAUUAGUCCCUGAAAUUUCAGUGGACGAUAAUGAGUCCUUCAAAAACUUGAUUGAUGUUGAUCUGGAAAGAUUAGCAACAUCUAUGGAACUACCAAAAUCAAUUAGGACAAAAGCAAACAGUGUUUUAGAAUCACUACAACGUCAAGAUGAAUUCAAGUUGAUCUCCAAAUCCAGUGCACUAGUGUGUGCUAUAUAUAUUGCAGCCAUUGAUAUAAGAAUGCCAUAUGGACCGUCAGAUCCUCAGCUAGAAAUUGGGUAUUUAGAGAAACCGGAUAUAACUGUGACAGAUAUCCUACAGAAAUCCGAAACCAGUGUGCCAGUAUUGUUCAAGUGGAUGAACCAUUUCCGUGAUGCAUGUCUAAGCGAGGCUGUGCGAUUCCACCUGAAACAUCUCGAGAAGGAGUACUGUGUUGUGUCAGCAUUGUUUCAUACUCAUGAAAGGUUGUGUUCUACCAUCUUUAAAGAAGAACAGAAAGGGGACACCAGCAGUAUCCCGCUACAUACAGAGAACUGUGUAACAAACAAAAAGCAGCUCUGCUGGGUCCUGUUUCUGUUGGCCAAAGAGAGACUACUGACAGAUGGACAGAUAGUGGAAGCUUUCUAUAUCUUGGUGUGCUGUUAUGAGUACGUGCUGAGAACCACGCCUGGAUUUCAGUUGAAUUCUCCAUAUGGUGAAGUGCAAGUUGCUGAGGAUUCCGAGAGGCAGUCUGAUUUAAUGCUGAAGACUCUCUCUGAACAGUUUGAUCUCUCCUAUGAAGAGGUAGUCCUUGUGCAGAAGAACAGUGUGGAGCCAUGUUUUCAAAGAUUAUUUCAAGGAGAAAAGGGCAUGGAGUUAUCGGCACUGACAGACCAGUAUGAGAAAGAUUACAAACAAAAAGGAGAUUUGAAUGAGCUCUUAUUCCUGCAGAAUGAUCCCCAUCUACAGCCACUAGAACAGAAUGGUAAUUUGUCCUCACCAAGGUAUGAUGAACCUGAUGGACCACCAAUAACCCCAGUCAGUGACUUGAUUGAGAAAAUAAACACACUGUCUGUUAAUGGAGAUUCUGUAGAGGCAACUCUGAGAGCUGCUUUAAACACCAUUCAGCAGUUAAAGAAAAUUCUGUCCUCCACACAAGAUGAACCAAGUCCAGAGCUUCUUGCUCAUUUCAAGAAUUGCUCUCAGAACCCACUGACUUCUAUCAAAGAGAGAGUGAAUAGAAUGGAGACAGUCUUUAUUAAUGGAUUUAUGCAGCAGACGGACAGAAAUCAGGCAGCCAUUGCUAAACAGAGAUAUGUCCUGGCUAAGCGGCUCUACUACAGAGUCAUGGAAGCCAUGCUUAACCAUGAGAGGCAGCGUCUCUCCCAGACAGACUUUAGUAAGCUGCUGAACAUUGAUUCCUUCCAUGUGUCCCUCUUGGCCUGUGCUUUGGAGAUCGUAAUGAUGACGUAUGGCUCUUCUUGGAAUGCCUCAUUUGGAACAGUUUGUGCGGGGGACUCCAAAUUCUCAUUCCCUUGGAUCAUAAAAACUUUUGGUCUCCAUUCAUAUGACUUUUUCAAAGUGCUAGAAAGUUUCAUCAAGGCAGAACCAAUACUCACCAAAGAGAUUGUGAAGCACCUUCAGGGUUUAGAGAAGAAAAUCCUAGAGCAGCUGGCUUGGACAGCAGAAUCUCCAGUGUUUGAUGCCUUGAUUAAAACAGAAACCCCAGCUUUGCCAGUAGAGGUCUCGCCCCUUACUAAUACAGUGUCGUCAGCUGAUCUAUAUCUAUCACCAAUGCGAGUUGUUACAACGAAAAAUAGAGGCCUCUCUCCCUCCUAUGGACAAUCCCCCCAAAAGGUGUCCUCCCCAGCUCAGGAACUGACAAGUCCUGAAAAAGGCACAGGAAAAAGAUCUCAGUCUCUCACCAUCUUCCUUAAUAAAGUUUGCCGAUUAGGAUUCCAUCGCCUUGAACAGCUGACUUCACUUCUUAAUAUACCGAAGGAUCUACAACACAAGAUCUGGACCUGUUUUGAGUAUUGUAUAACAAAGAAGACAGGUUUACUGAAGAACAGACACCUGGACCAGCUGAUGCUUUGCUCAGUGUAUGGGAUUUGCAAAGUAGCAGAAAAAGAAAUUAAAUUUAAGGUGAUAAUUCGGACCUACAGUGAGCUGCCUGAUGCCAGCCCAAGUGUGUACAGGCAUGCAUUGAUAGAACGUGGAGAGUAUGAUUCCAUCAUUGGCUUCUACAACAGAGUGUUCAUGCACAACAUGAAGGGCUAUAUAUUACAGUUUGCUCCAACAAAGCAGACACCGUCCUUAUCUCCAGUUCCCAAAACAAUGACCUCUCCUGUCUACAGCAUACCAUCAAGACGUAACUUCUAUGUGUCCCCCCUGAAGGACUCCCCAUUCAAGGCCCCCCAGUCUCCAAGCAACAUGACACCUAGGUCUCGACAGCUGUACAGUUUUGGAGAUCUUACAGGGUCCAAUGAGAAGUUACAGAGGAUUAAUGAGGCCAUGUCUAGGGCUAAAAAUGGUACCACUGGAACCACCCCCAAAAGUCAGAAAAGGCUACGAUUUGAUCCUCCAGCUGAAUCAGAAAGUGCGGCAGCAGCUGUUCCAACCAGUGAAGCCCCCACAGUUGUUAAAAAGGUGAAGAUGGCCGACAACUCACUCAAACCUCCAACAGGGACUGGGGAGAGCAGUGGUGAAGACUUGCAGGAAAUUCCCCGGUGACCUCAGACCAAAAUUAGCAUGAAAUGGAGAACCUAUUUAUUUUGUUGCACAGUAUAUUUAGUCAACACUGACUAUUUGUAGAAUUGACAUUUUAAUUAUUUUGUCUGAAAUUCAGUGUAUUGCUUUAUCUUUUCAUGGAAUCAUGGUUGUUCAAAUGAUUUUAUAUAGUUUUGUUUUAAUUUUGCUUCUACCAAAGUAUUAUUUGAUUUUGGAAUAAAUGUAUAUCUGGGCCUUGAAAGAUACAAUAACAAAUAGAAAUUUUAAAAUGUAUUUUCAUCUUUUCUUAUCAUACAUGCACGUCGUAUUAGGAAAGAUGAUUUUUUGCAUUAAUUUUUGAUUGAUGCAUUCAAUACACAGCAUGGAAAUGUCUCUAUCCAGUGCUUACUUAUGCAUGUACUUUUUGUGUGUACUUUACAAGUAAUGAAAAAUUAAUACAUGUAUUUCUAUCUCCAUCAAUUUAUAACAAAACAUUUAAUUUUAAUCAGAUGAUGUUGUAACGGAAAUAAAGAGGACAAAUAAAUUACACAGUAUACAACUAACAAAAGAGAUCAGUAUACAAUGUUUGAUAUGUCUUCAGCUAUGUCCUUAAAUUGUGUUGCUGCUAAUGAAAUUUUAUUUUUAAUUAGCUUUUAUGUUAAUUGUAAAUUAUUGAGUUACAAAAAUUAUUGUAUUUUUUUGUUAAUCAU